AUGGGUCGAAAGAAGAACCAGAAGGGCCGUCAACAGACCACCGCUGCUGCUGUAGCGGUGGCUCCUAACCCAACCGUCAGCUCCGCAGCUCCCCCCGCGCCUUCCGCCAGCGAUCCUCCCGCCAAGGCCACCGCAGCGGAUCCGCCAUCCGCGCUACCGGCCGCAGGCGCGCCGUCCGGGGAAGAUCUCCCGACGAUCAACGUGACCUCGCCUUUCCGCGCCACCGCGAGUCGCGACUCGAGCGACUCUCACGACGCCGACGUCUUCGUCGAGCCGCCGGAGCACUUCAGCGACGGCUCGCGAACUCCGCACGAUGGUAACCGCACUCCCACCUUCGAGGACGCUUCCGGCAGAUUCCCUCUCGAGUCACCGAUGGCGAACGGUAGCAGCGGCGGAAGCGGCGGGUUCGGCGCGCAAGUGGAGGCGGAGAAGCUGCGGAAGCAGCUGGAGGAGAUGGCGCAGCGCUGCCGGGAGUUGGAGGAGGGGAAGCGCGGAUCGGAGGUCGCGCGGAAGAGCGUUCAGCAGGCGAAGAACGCGCUAGAAAAGGACCUGGCGGCGGCCGCGGAGAAGACGUCGAAGGCGGAAGAGGCGGAGGCUGCGGGGAAGGCGGAACGCGCGCGCCUGGAGGGGCUGGUGACGGCGGCGGAGGGGGAAGUCGCGCGGCUGAAGGGGGAAGUAGCGGGGAAAGAAGCGGAGGUGGGGAAGUUGCUGGGAGAGAUGGAUCUAUCGAAGAAAGAGGCAGAGGCGUUGAGAGGCGAGAUGAGUGAACAGGUCAGGGCUCAUGAGGAGUUGGUGCGGGCGCUGAAGCAAGAGUCGGAGGCCCUGGUGGCAGCGCGAGACGCGGCGAUCAAGGAAUGCGCGGAGGCCAAGGAGAAAUGCGCCGACCUGUUGAAGGUUUCAGCUGAGGCGGCGGCCAGAAUGGACGAGCUUUCCCGCUCCUUGCAGGCGUUGGAGCAAGACAAGCAGGGCUGGGCGGCAGACAGCGAAAAAUGGGCGGCAGAGAAGUGCAGCUGGGAGGAGGAACGGGCAAGCUGGGCGGCAGAGAAGCGGAGCUGGGCGGCAGAGCGGGAGACGUGGGCGGCAGAGAAGGCAUCUAAGGAAAAGGCGAUUGGUGAAUGGGACGAAGGGCGGAGAGAGCUGGAGCAGCGGUUGGAGGCACUCGGUGCUCAGCUGGCCGCGGCUGAGGCUGCAAGAAUGGAGGCAGAAGUGGCGAGAGGAACGGCAGAAGCGGCAAAAGCAGAGGCGGAAAGGGCGAGAGCGGCGGCAGAAGCGGCAAGGGCGGAUGUAGAGAAGACGCUGGAGGGGAAGAGGGGCGAGUCGGACCAGGCCACCAGGGUGGCGGCCAAGGCAGCAGCGCACCUGGCGGAGCUGCAGCAGAGCCUCACGCAGACGCAGGUGGAGCUGGUGCAGGCGCACUCCGCGCUACAAGACAAGGACGCCCAGUUGACGGGCAAGGACGAGCAGGUGCAGGCUCUGACAGACCAGAUAAAGGCGCUGGAACAGCGCGUGAAGGGUGCGGAAGAGGAGAAGAAUACACACGCGGAGGAGGCGAGGAGGAAGGAGGAGGAGGCAAGGGAGGCGAGGCGAGAGGUUGAAGCUGUGAAAGGGGAGCUGCAGGGGGGGUUGAAGGCUGCAGCGCAGCAGCUUGCCCAGGCGAAGAAGGAGGCGGGUGCGGGUGGGGAGAGUGGGGAGAGUGCAGGGAGCAGGGUGGGGGAGCUGGAGGCGAGGGUGGAGGCUCUGCUGGGGGAGGUGGCAUCUGCGGUGCAGGCGCGGGCGGAGGUGGAGGGGAAGCUGGCGAGUGGCAGCCGGGAGAACGCCAGGCUGGCAGAGUUGGCGGCAACCAAGGAAGCAGAGGCCAAGACCAUGUUUCUCCAGCUGGGGCAGGUGAAGCGGGAUAACGCCUCCCUCAUACCUCCUCUUAUCACCUUCCCAAUGCCCCACUUCCCUCACAGGCUGGCAGCAACCAAGGAGGCAGAGGCAAAGAGGGGCAGGCUGGCGGCAACCAAGGAAGCAGAGGCCAAGACCAUGUUUCUCCAGCUGGGGCAGGUGAAGCGGGAUAACGCCUCCCUCAGUAGCGACCUGGCAGCCGCUACAGACAAGAUCCAGGAGCUAGUGGCCAAGAACCGGCGCAUGGACAAGGACGUGGUAACCGCCGCGGCCGAGGCGGCGUUACGCGAGCAGGAGGGGGGAGGUGGGAUUGGGGGAGGGUGGAGCUCUGUGACCCUGGAGGGAGGUUGGGGAGGUGGGGGAGGUGGGAGUGGGGGAGGGUGGAGCUCUGUGACGCUGGUGACAGUGGGUGUGGGGGCGGCGGCUGUUGGGGGUUUUGCUGCCUUGCGACUCAUGGGACCGCGUGUGUGGGAAUCGGAAGUGCAUGAGAGGGGGAAGGUGAGGGAGGUGGGGAACGUAGGGGAGGUGGGAAUGGGGGAGGGUGGAGCUCUGUGGCAGUGGUGUCGAUGGGUGUGGGGGCUGCGGCUGUGA